AUGGCUCAGAAUCCAGCUUACGACUCUACUUUUGAUACCGGUAAAGAUCAUUUGAAUAAUGACACGAUGAUCAAGUUGAAAUUUCUAGUUUCUUCCCAGCCUGUUCAGAAGCCACCAACGGACCCAAGAACUCUUGGUCGGGAGUCAACGAUUUGUAUCUGCCGAAGCUGUGGGCAUGAAGGAAUGUCUACCGUUAAAAAAGUCUCUGGAUCGAGAAAUCUCAUGGGCGCUCUUGGUUGCGUCUGCAUCGGAUGCUGGCUUGGCUGCUGCCUGAUUCCAUACAAUAUGGAUAGUCUCAAAGACACUAUGCAUAGCUGUGCCAGCUGCAAGAAAUUGAUUGGCGUUUGCAAACACUAA